AAUGAGAUAAUUAUUAUGGGAAUAACUCGUUCCAUAAUUUUGAAUUCUACAUUACAGAACAAAUUACUAAAGCGUUUCGUCAGCGUAACAGAGAUGCCCUUAUCUACCUCGAUUAUCUACUUUGAGCUUCUUGAUAACGUUGCAUGCCGUUCACUCGCACUUGGCCUCGAUAUCAAAUCAAAUGGCUGCGACGCGACGCGAUCUCUUGGAGAGGACCUGCAGCUGGAGGAAUACGACGCCCUGUGGAUGCUGGAGCGGAAGGCGCGCAGCAUCGGCCAGGACAGCCAGGAGUCCCUUCCGUUCCCGAGCAAGUCGUACUCGCCGUCGAAGAUGCACGACACUUUAGGGCCCGGCGGCGAUUAUUCGGCUGUCCCGGUGUACGGCGGGGACUCCUACGCGCCGAUGCUACAGACCCACUACGUUUGCACCAAUUGCGGCAAGAAAUACAAAUGGCUGGACAGCCUGAAGAGGCACCAGAGAGUGGACUGCGGCAACAAGGAGAAGAAGUUCUCCUGUCACGCGUGCGAUCGGAAGUUCAAGUAUCGAUACGAAUUACGGAACCAUAUCACCGCGCAUCACCGGGGCGGGUGAUUUUUCUCUAUAUAUGGACGUGUGAUUUUUUCGAAGGAAAAAAGUUCGCGAAUUAAAAGAACGUGACCUGAUUUAAGCUCUGUGAGUCGUGACGUCUCGUAACGGACGGUCAAAAUAUUUGUGAUCAAAGCUCGAUUUAUCAGCAAUAUGUCGUUAAAGAUAGAUUUUUCGAAAAAUGACAUUUGCUCUCGAGGACAUUUUCCGUUUGUAAGUUAGAUGAUGAUAAGGAAAUAUAUUAGAAAUUAUUUAUUUAUUAACGAUUCGUUACGAGAACGGACAUUAUGAUCUCUCGUCUUACUGUGUUCCACAAAAAGUCAAAUGUAAUGAAAUAAUUAGGAAUCAUUACAAGUUAUUUCUAUAUUGAACUUGCUUUAAACUUUUCCAAUAUUAUUAUAUUUUAUUCAUUAUUGAAAUUUAAAAUUUAUUAAAAGUUAUAAGAUUUGGUUUAGUUUCUGAAAACUGCGAAACAAUAAGUUAU